AUGGUACACCUUGUGGCUGUACCAGAGACAAUCACGGCAAGUGGCUGUGCUUGUGUCUUUAUUGACACCAUCUUCCGACUUCAUGGGUUGCCCCGUGAACUCGUAUCAGACAGAGAUCCACGAUUCACGGCUGAUUUCUGGCGUUCCGUGUUCAAAUCACUCGGAACGCGCUUGAAGAUGUCGACAUCUGAUCAUCCAGAGUCAGAUGGUCAGACGGAACGUGCCAAUCGUGUCCUUGAAGAGAUACUUCGAGGAUACGUACACUCCUUUAAGAGUUGGAGUGAGUUUUUGCCAAUGGUAGAGUUUGCCAUUAACAACUCGGUGCAUGCGUCCACGACACAUACACCGUUUUACGUGAAUGGCUUGCGCCAUCCGCGUGUACCCACCUUACUAGAGUGUAACCCUGGUUUAAGGGGGGGAGGGAUUCGCGCGAGCAAAAACCGAAUUGGUUCACGCUCAUCACGCUCUGACGAAGAGGUCAUUGCGUUUGAUGCCGAUAUCGAUAACAUCGAUAUUGAAGAAGAUGAUGCCAGUGAGAGUGCGGAAGCCCUCACUGAAGAAGAUUAUCCCAGUGAGAGUGCGGAAGCCCUCACUGAAGAAAAGGUUUAUGUUGCUGCAGUGCGCUCACAGCAAACUGAAGCUAACGAGUCAUCAGAUGAGUUCAUACUGGCUCGUGAAACGGUAGUCCGUUUUGUGCAAGACUCCAUCGCCGAAGCGGUGACUUAG